CAAAAAUGCAGAAUUUCAGCAGAAGAGAUUAUCGAAGGACCGCCCAGUCCAGCCUCCAAAUCUCCAGAAACCACAACCUAGGCACUCAGGCUCAAAAUCGGUUAACCACUGUGGGUGCUAGGAAGCCUCAAAGAGGCAAAUCUGUUAUGAAUCAUGCGAUCCAAGGAUCUUUUGAUGAAAGAGACCUGAGAGAUAUUCAAGGCAAGAAUUAUGCCAAGUCUUCACUUAUGAAAACAAAAUCUUCCAAAAAGAGGAAAUAAGGACUACCUAGCAUUACUGAAAGUCAUUCAGAAGAGCAGUGAGGCAGAUAAGUACCUUGAAUCCUUGGACUACGUGACUGUCAAGUCAGCAACCUGGGCUAGAGACUCUUUCUGUCUUUUUGAUUUUGAAUCAAGGCAUUAUAUUCACUCUGAAUUCUAUUUCAAGAAUUCAGGAUUUCUAGGGAUCACAGACUCUGACCAUAUACAAUUCAUGCUAUCUAAGUCGCAAGAAGUUAACCAAAACUCAGUUGAAAGUAUGGAUCCCGAGAAUAGAUCCCUAAAAGCUUUAGUUUCAAUUAUCAAAUUUAGGGAUAAAUACUACUGCUUUAGUUCCGAUCGUUCCCCUGACUCCAAAAAGAAACAACUUUGGAGAGUAGCUACUCGCAGUCCUAGCAACAGCACUGCUCCGAGCGGAAUUCUUCUAAAGAAAGGAAUGCAGGUCAGAUUUGGGAAAAUUCAGUAUAAAAUAAAAUACAUCUCGACCAUACCCAACAAGGAUAUCCCUAAAAAUAAACUAAAAUAAGAGCAAAACAAAAAUUGUGCCAAUUAAUGACCCAGAUAGGGAGAAUCUUCAUCAUGGAGACGAGGAAUCUAAGAUGAUGCAGGAGUCUCUUGCUAACAACUCUGCAAUGGCAAUCACCUUUGACCAUGAGCUGAACACUAACAGAUCUUCACAUCAAAAAACUCAACCAAAUCUUAACCGUGGCUUUGAAGAGGAACACAAGAGUGGCAACACUCCAAAUGAUCUCUACAGACUCAACGAGGCGAAACCGAAAGAUUUGGAGCUAUCAAUAGACCAUACCAACAUUCCUCCAGUUGAGAUAGAUAAUUUCAUUCCUUUAAAAGCAGAUUGUAGGAUCUGACUCCAGGAAGGCCAAAUAAUCUCACAAGAGGAUCAAGACCCUCUUGACGAGUCAAUCCUUGUUUGAACUCCCUGUAAUUGCCAAGGCUAUAUUCAUGUGGAAUGUCUGAGACAGUGGCUAAAAGUGCAUAGGAAGGUGGUAUACUCCUCAGAAGUAUGAACCUCCUACAUCUGGGACAACAUUAGGUGAGAAAUAUGCCGAAAUCCCUACCCAGAUUAUAUCUACUGAAGCCUGAAAGAUCCCAGGAAGUACAAAUAAAGUGAGACUUCUAGACCUCGAGGAUAUCGAAAUGGUAGACGAUAACAGGAUCGUCAAUAUCGAAAUCGAAGAUCUCAAGAAUUUAGCUCCACUAGAGAACAAUCAGCCAUAUGAUUACCUCAUCUUAGAAGGUUAUAAGAGCAUCAAGGAGGACUUUGACAUCAAAAUCCGGAAAUACAUCCAUGUUAUUAAAUUUACGAAGAAACUCACAUAUGCAAAGAUCGGGAGAGGUAGUGAAGCGAAUAUGAGAAUAAUCCAUUCCACAGUUUCUAGAGUUCAUGGGGUUAUCUCAUAUAGAAACUCACAAAUGCAUAUCAGAGAUUUAGGGUCAAAAUUUGGCACCCUUGUGCUCUGAAAUUAAACCGUUUGAGUUAAAGCCAGAUAUUGAAAAUUACAUCCAAGUUGGAAGGACUUUGAUGAAUAUCACCCUAAUCAAGCACAGAUGGCAUUGAUGAGCAUCUACUCGAAAGGGCAUUCUCAGAGGAUUUCAUUAUUACCAAUACCUCAAAAUGGCUAAGAAUGUGAAAGAAUUUCCUCCUCAAUAUUUAGAUGUGAUUGACGAGGAUUUUAACCUAUUAGAUGCCUUAAAGGCUCAAGAAGAUACUGAAAAUAAUAAGACGAAUGAUAAGAGAUCAGAGACUGACAAAAUAGAGCUUACUAAAUCACAGUUGUUGAAUAACCGUGAUAUAAUGGAGAGUGUCAUGAGUGAAGUGAAGCUGAAGAAAAAGCUAAGGCCAAAAAUAGCCGAGCCGGUGAGGUCGAUCUCAAGAAGUUACUCUCAAGUUUCAAGGAUGGCAGCUAACAGAAGUAGUAGUCAUUCUGUAUCUCCUGGUCUUGCUACCAUCACAGAAUCUAAUAUAGCAAGGUUGAAUUCCAAUAUGAGGAGAGUAAACCCGAUAAUAUAUAGAAACGGAAGCUCGAUACAAUCUUUUUCAGAUGAAGAAGCUGACGAAGAGUCUCCUGUAUAUACUUUCCAGCCCUAGCUCAGCUUCACACUUCUUGUGUUAAAUUCAACAGUUUA